UUCCCGUCAAGUGCGACAGGCGUUCGGAGCAACACACAUGUAUUCACCCCAACUUCCCCUGGCGCGUACGCGCGUGCCGUAUUCUUCCUCAUCCUCCGAGACGCCAAACGCAGAUCCAGGAGGCCUGGAAGCUUCUCUGCUCCAGUUUAUCCACCAUCAUCAUGAAGCCUCUCUCGGACUCCGCGAGCACACCGAGAGAGCGAAGAAAGAUGCGAUUCGAAACGCUGCGCGAGUUUCCGAUCUGUUGGUGGACGCCGUGAACGGUGGAGUACAAGAGGCAUUCGUCAACCAGAAGCGAAUCGAGCUCGAAAUCCGAGCUCUGGCUGCGACGAUUGCCCGCUUCAUGAAGCAGACCGAUCACUGGCUUACCGCCACUCAUGCUAUCAACACCGCUAUCAAGGAAAUUGGAGACUUUGAGAACUGGAUGAAGACCAUGGAGUUUGAUUGUAAAAGUGUCAGUGCGGCGAUCCACAACAUUCACCAAGCAUGAUCUAACUGCAAAGUUACUUAGUUUUACCAUUUGUAAUUUAUCAAGUACAAAUUGCAGCAAAGUGUUGGGUUCUAGAACAUGGACGGUGGCUUCGGCGGUCCUGGACGGUGCCGGAUGUGAAGAGGCCGGAGGAAAAAUGUGAUGGCAGACGUGAAGAGGAAGAACGUGAUGGCAGAGGAAGAAUGCUGGGGAGGAAGAACGUGCGCACAGGGAGGGGGGAGGAAGAACGCGGGGGGAGGGGGUAUUCGAAAUGUUUUAUUCUAUCUAAACGCACGUAUAGAUAGAAUUUAAAAAAAAAAAAAAAAA